AUCCGUGAGAGGCGAGCAUCUGUGGAGCGCAGACGCGGAGGAGGACGGCUGAACGCGGCAGGACUCUACCGGGGGCUUCGGCAGAAGUUAACAGCCCGUUCCUGCUUCACUGAACCCGGGACGUCCCGCCCAUUCUAACAACAACAGGUCCUCGGUCCGGCUGCUGUGACCAUGGCGGAGGCCCACCAGGCAGUGGCCUUCCAGUUCACCGUCACCCCGGAUGGCAUCGACCUGCAGCUGUCCCACCAGGCGCUCUCUGAGAUCUACCUCUCCGGGGUUCGCUCCUGGAAGAAGCGCAUCAUCAGAGUCAAGAACAGGGUGAUCUCCGGUGUGUAUCCUGCCAGUCCAUCCUCAUGGCUUUUUGUGGUCAUUGCCAUCCUGGCCACCAUGUACACUCGCUCAGACCCCUCCAUGGGACUCAUAGCCAAGAUACAGGAGCACCUGCCUGUCAGCCAGAUAAGCAGCCAGUGCCAAGCAGUGUUGUCGGCGGUGGUGUUCAGCACGAUGCUGUGGCUGCUGCUCAUCUUCACCAUGCGUCUGUGCCUCAAGCAGCUGCUCUCCUACCACCGCUGGAUGUUCGAGCAGCACGGCAAGAUGUCCACCACCACCAAAAUCUGGGUGGCUCUGGUGCGGAUCUUCUCUGGCAGAAAGCCUCUGCUCUACAGCUACCAGGGAUCACUGCCAAACCUCCCUGUGCCUGCCGUGAAGGACACAGUCAAGAGGUACCUCGAAUCUGUGCGCCCACUGGUGGACGAUGCAGAGUACGAGCGAACGACCGAGCUGGCCGCCGAGUUCGAGAGCAGCCUGGGUAAACGCCUGCAGUGGUACCUCAAGCUCAAAGCUCUCUGGGCCUCGAACUACGUUAGUGACUGGUGGGAGGAGUACGUCUAUCUCCGUGGACGAAGCCCUAUCAUGGUCAACAGUAACUACUAUGGCAUGGACUUCCAGUACGUGACGCCUACACCCAUCCAGGCAGCCAGGGCGGGGAACGCCAUCCACGCCUUCUUCCUGUACCGCCGGAAGCUCAACAAAGAGGAGAUCAAGCCGUGGUUGUUGAGGUCUGCGGUUCCUUGCUGCUCCUAUCAGUUUGAGCGCAUCUUUGACUCUUGUCGAAUCCCUGGAACGCUGACAGACACGGUUCAGCACUGGGAGGACAGCGACUACGUGGUGGUGUACCACAGCGGUCGCUACUUCCGCCUCAGGGUGUACCAGGCCGGCCGACUGCUCUCACCCAGAGAGAUCGAGUUCCAGGUUCAGAGGAUCCUCGACGACGCCACGCCGCCGUCCAGAGGAGAGGCCAAACUAGGAGCUCUUACAGCUGGGGAAAGAAUCUCCUGGGCUAAAGCCAGGCAGACAUAUUUCAGCAGCGGCGUCAAUAAACGCUCCCUGGACUGCAUCGAGAGGGCGGCCUUCUUCGUCACCCUGGACGACGACGAGCGAGGCAUGAUGGCCGACAAUUCAUCCGAUGGCCUGGAUCGCUACGCCAAGUCCUUGCUGCACGGGAACUGUUACGACCGGUGGUUCGACAAAUCUUUCUCGGUUGUCUUCUACAAGAACGGAAAGAGCGGCAUAAACGCCGAGCACUCGUGGGCGGACGCGCCUGUGGUGGCUCACGUCUGGGAGUACGUUCUCGCCACGGACAGUUUCCAGCUCGGCUACAACGAGGAGGGACACUGCAAGGGCGAGGUCGACUCGUCGCUGCCGCGGCCGCAGAAGCUCGGCUGGGAAAUCGACUCGGAGUGUGAGGAGCAGAUCACAAAGUCUCUGGCGGUGGCCCAGGCGCUGGCCGACGACGUGGACUUCCACGUUUUCUCCUUCCGGGAGUUCGGCAAAGGGAAGAUCAAGAAGUGUCGAGUCAGUCCGGACGGUUUCAUCCAGAUGGCUCUUCAGCUGGCGUACUUCAGGGAUCGAGGGACGUUCUGUUUGACCUACGAAGCUUCCAUGACCCGCUUGUUCAGGGAGGGCAGGACGGAGACGGUCCGCUCCUGCUCCAACGAGAGCAGUGCCUUCGUCCGAGCGCUCCAAGGCGGAGAGCCGGCAGACGUGUGCCGGCGUUUGUUCCGCGCCGCCUCGGAUAAACACCAGCAGCUGUACCGAAUGGCCAUGACCGGAGCCGGGAUCGACCGGCACCUCUUCUGCCUCUACGUGGUUUCCAAAUACCUCGGAGUGGAUUCUCCCUUCUUGAAGGAGGUGCUGUCCGAGCCGUGGAGACUGUCCACAAGCCAGACCCCCGUCCAGCAGGCGGAGCUGUUUGACCUGGCCAACCACCCAGAGUACGUCUCCUGUGGAGGCGGCUUUGGACCGGUGGCUGACGACGGUUACGGAGUGUCUUACAUGUUUUUAGCCGAGAACAUGAUCAAUUUCCACAUCUCCUGUAAACACUCCUGUUCUGAAACUGACGCCCAUCGCUUCGGCGAUCAGAUCAGGGCGGCUUUGCACGACCUGCUGCAUCUGCUGGAUCCUCUGUCCAAGGAGCCCAACAGGAAGGAGGAGAGCAGAGGCGAGGUCAAGAAGGAGAAGUAGAGGCUUGAUCUGAGGAAAGGAUGCCGAGGGAAACCCGACCUUAGACGGAGAAGUGAGGGAAGGCAGGUUUGUUCUUCUCACGCUGAGGGAGCAAUUUUACUUUAGUUUAGUUUCUUUGGACGAUGACGACUAUGAAGAGGAUUUUAUUGAUGCAGCUAUAACUGUGUGUGAGAGGAGAAAGAAAAGGUCCAGAGAAGUUAGUCUUACCAGUGAGGCAACAAUGAAGCUCUAUAAUCAUUUCUUAUUGUGAUGUUUGGUCAUUAUAUAUAUAUAGAAAAAAAAGGCCAGUAUGUUUCUCCAAACCCCUCCAGCGUUGGGAUAGAAAAUCGUGAUGUCACUCAACUGCAGGGAAUCAUUGUUUCUUCUUCCAGUAGCGGGUUUUCGUCGCGUAAAAUUAAACCACUGAGCUUCUCUGCUUUGAUGAGGCUGCCGUAGGAAAUUCUGCCUGUUUUUUAAAAGAUGGAUAAGGGGGGAAAAGGUGUGGAGCCGUUGAGGUGAUUUCAUUUUUUUCUACCGUCUGAACUUUGAAAAGCGCAGGAGUCUGUGACUCCUGUUUGAAAAUCAGCUUUUUUUAUAUAUAUAAACAUAUAAAUAUAUAUACAGUACAGGAUUGUGAGGCUGUGGUGAGAGCCAGGUGGGUUAUACGUGUAUUCCACAUUCACUGCUGUUCUAUUUUUGUCUUUUUACAUUUUGUGUUAAAUUAGUGCCAGAACAAUGCAAAGGUAUAUUUCUGGGUCCGCUGUGACUUGAGUCAGCAGCGCUGCUGGUCAGAUGUCCAUCAGACGGUAAAUGUGUCGCCAGUGACGCAGGCUCCUGCUACUCACCACUCUUUGUUUUCUCCCUGACAAAAAACACUGUCUUAUUAUUUUAUUAUUGCUAUUGUAAGGCUUUUUAAUGCAACAUUAUAAGGGAAUAUUAAAACAUUCUUAAGAAAAUAAA